AUGUCAGCUCAAGACCAGCCAGCUUUCGUUGUUCUUGACACCAAUCAAGGCACUAUAACUAUUGAACUUUAUUGGAAGCAUGCCCCAAAGACAUGUCUUAAUUUUGCUGAGUUAGCAAGGCGUGGGUACUACAAUAAUGUUGCUUUUCAUCGUGUUAUUCGAGAUUUCAUGAUACAAGGUGGCGACCCAACAGGUACUGGUCGAGGUGGAGCAUCAAUAUAUGGCUCUUACUUCGCGGAUGAAAUUCACCCUGACCUAAAACACACAGGUGCUGGAGUUGUUUCAAUGGCGAACGCCGGUCCAAAUACAAAUGGCAGUCAGUUUUUUAUAACUUUGGCUCCUACACAGUGGUUAGAUGGUAAACAUACUAUUUUUGGACGUGUUGCUUCCGGUAUGAAAGUUGUUCAGCGCCUCGGUAUGGUCGAUGUUGAUCAAGCAGAAAGACCCCGUGAAGUUAUCAAGAUAAUCCGUGCGAACACAACGAAUACUGUAUAA